AUGUAUAACCUAAGUAAGUUUAUUUCUCGUCUAUCCUCUGUUUCCCUAAACCCUAGCACCAGAGCGUCUGUGUUUCUGACUGAGAAGGCUCCAAAAAUCAUUCAAUCUUUCAGAAACCGAGCAUUCUCCGGGAAACCAGACUCUGAUGGAUUCGGAGGCGGCGACGAUAACGGUUGGGAUAUCCCAACAGGAGGAUCCGAUGAUCUUGACUGGGACAAUAAAUCAAUGUGGUCGACUGGUUUCACCAAAGAGCAUUUCAACGGUGUCUCCGUUGGACGUCAGAAGAACGUAAAUCCUCCUUCUUCUGAUGAUUCUGGUGGUCGUGACGUAAUGAGCAAAUUGGGACCGAGAGAAGUCGCUAUGGUCAACGAAAUGAAUGAGUACGAUGACUUGCUAAAAGAGAUUGACCAAGAUAAUAAGGAGAGUAGGGCUUUUGUUGAUGGGAUUAAAGAGAGAAUGAUGGAGAUUAGCGUGUUGCUCAAGCAAGUCAAAGAGCCUGGAGCUAGAGGAGCUUAUCUUAAAGACUCUGAGAAGACUGAGAUGUACAGAUUGCACAAAGAGAAUCCUGAGGUGUAUACCGUUGAGAGACUUGCUAAGGAUUACAGGAUCAUGAGGCAACGUGUUCACGCCAUUCUUUUUCUUAAAGAAGAUGAAGAAGAAGAAGAGAAGAAACUUGGUCGUCCCUUGGGUGAUUCCGUUGAACGUUUGCUUGAUGAGUACCCUGAGUUCUUUAUUUCGCAUGACCGUGAGUUUCAUGUGGCCUCGCUCAAGUACAAGCCCGAGUUCAAGGUGAUGCCAGAAGGAUGGGAUUGUACGAUCAAAGACAUGGAUGAAGUCCAUUACGAGAUCUCAAAGAAAGAAGAUGACAUGCUCUACGAAGAAUUCGUCCGAAGGUUUGAGUUCAACAAAAUGAAAGUAAGAGCGAGGGGCAAACGUGGAAGUGGAGGUGGUUGGAAGUUUGUGAGUCUUCCGGAUGGAUCGAGCAGGCCGCUCAACGAGAUGGAGAAGAUGUAUGUUAAGAGGGAGACACCACGUCGUCGGCUUAGGAUCUUGAUAGGUUCCAAAGAUUCUGGUUCAGGAAGAGCUUGCAGAGCCAAGAAGUCGCUGCUAUUGGCUUCUCCGUUGGUCUUCUUCAUCGUGAUUCCGAUUAAUCGGAGAUUCGACUUUGGUCGCGCUCUGUCUUCCUAUCCUCAGGUUGCUAGAAAUGUUCUUCCUUUUUUCAGUGUGUGCUUAAAUUUUGUUGAUUGGAUAGUUACUAGAUCUUCUUCUAUCUUCAUUUCAGCGUUCGAUUUGAUCUGUAAACUGAAAACAUCAUCGUCGUCACUAGAUAUGCUUAGUAGGAUCAUUCCUCGUCUAUACUCGGUGAGUGCGUCUGGGUCUGUGAUUGACAACGCUCCGAAAAUCUUCCAAUCUCUCGGAAAUCGAGCAUUUUCCGGGAAAUCAGGCUCCGAUGGAGUCGGAGGAAACGACGGUUGGGAUAUCUCAACAGGAGGAUCUUUCGGCGGCGCAGGAUCUGGCGAUCUCGAUUGGGAUAACAAAUCAAUGUGGUCGACUGGUUUGAGCAAGGAGCAUUUCGACGGCGUCUCCGUUGGCCGUCCGAAGAACGCUUCUGAUGAUUCCGGUGGUGAUGUGAUGAGCAGAUUGGGUGCGAGAGAGGUCGCUAUGGUGAACGAAAUGAAUGAGUAUGAUGAUAUGAUUAAGGAGAUUGAGAAAGAGAACAGGCAUAGCAGGGGUUUUGUUGAUGGGAUCAAGAACAGGAUGAUGGAGAUGAGUGUGUUGCUGAAGCAAGUGAAGGAGCCUGGAGCUAGAGGAGCUUAUCUUAAGGACUCUGAGAAGACUGAGAUGUACAGGCUGCACAAAGAGAAUCCUGAGGUGUAUACCGUUGAGAGGCUUGCUAAGGAUUACAGGAUCAUGAGGCAGCGUGUUCACGCCAUUCUUUUUCUUAAGGAAGAUGAGGAAGAAGAGGAGAGGAAGCUUGGUCGUCCUUUGGAUGACUCCGUUGAACGGUUGCUUGAUGAGUACCCUGAGUUCUUUGUUUCGCAUGACCGUGAGUUUCAUGUGGCCUCGCUUAAGUACAAGCCCGAGUUCAAGGUGAUGCCAGAAGGAUGGGAUGGUACGAUCAAAGAUAUGGAUGAAGUCCAUUACGAGAUCUCUAAGAAAGAAGAUGACAUGCUUUACGAAGAAUUCGUUCGUAGGUUUGAGUUCAACAAAAUGAAAUGGAAAGGAGAAGUGAAGUGUCACAAGUACAGCAGACGGCGUUCAUCGGAGGGAUGGAAAAUCACGGUUGAGAAAAUGGGUGCUCAGGGCAAACGUGGAAGUGGAGGUGGCUGGAAGUUUGUGAGUCUUCCAGAUGGGUCAAGUAGGCCGCUCAACGAAAUGGAGAAGAUGUAUGUUAAGAGGGAAACACCGCGUCGCCGUCGUAAGAUCCUCCCUUGA